AUGUCAUACCGCUCCCCGCCUCCACAUAAAGACAGAGCAUACAGAGAACACAGUCGACCUACUGAAGAGGGAGAAUAUGUCAGGUCGAUCAGGGAUCACAGAGAUAAUGGCAAAGAUAGACGUCCGCGGGAAAGGGAUGGGAGAGGAUCUAGGUCUAGGUCGAGGAGUCCUAGGAGGAGGGAAGGACGAGAGAAAGAGAGAGAUAGGAGAGAUCAUCGAGAUAAUAAGGAUAGGGAUCGACGUGGUGAUUCAAGAGCUCCAAGGGAUUCAAAAGAUCCUAGAGAAUCAAAAGAUCCUAGAGAUAUUAAAGAUGGAAAAGAUACAAGACCUUCAAGAGAAAGGGAUGAUGAAGAUAAAGAUGGGGAUGGGGAAGGUGAAGAAGAUGAAGAAGGGGAAGAAGAAGAGGAUAUAUCUGCUAUGAUGGGUUUUGGUGGGUUUGGAACGACCAAAGGUAAAGGUUUCGGUGUCAACGCUGACGGCGCUGUAAAAGUGAACAAACAACGUACUUGGAGACAAUACAUGAAUAGAAGAGGAGGUUUCAAUAGACCUUUAGAUAGGAUCAAGUGA